AAAGUAGGAAGCAGGUGAUACAAGAGAGAGUGCGUGCUGCAGAGGGUCAGACAGUCCCUUUACUGAGUAGAAAGCAAGAAAAACCGCAAUAAUGUCUUCCAACUCCAAAACUCUCUUCUUCUUCCUUGCAAUUCUCUACUUCUCAUCAGUCUCUGCUAUAGCAGAAAAUGAGGACCCUGGUCUUGUUAUGAACUACUACAGGGACUCCUGCCCUCAGGCUGAAGAUAUCAUCAAAGAACAAGUUCAACUUCUUUACAAGCGCCACAAGAACACUGCCUUUUCUUGGCUCAGAAACAUCUUCCAUGACUGCUUCGUUGAAUCAUGUGAUGCAUCCCUGUUGCUGGAUUCAACAAGGAGGAUGUUGUCAGAGAAGGAAACGGACAGGAGCUUUGGGAUGAGGAAUUUUAGGUACAUUGAGACUAUCAAAGAAGCUUUAGAGAGGGAGUGUCCUGGAGUGGUUUCCUGCUCAGAUAUUCUUGUUUUGUCGGCAAGAGAUGGCAUUGUUGCGCUUGGAGGGCCAUACAUCCCCCUGAAAACUGGCCGAAGAGAUGGUAGAAAAAGCAGAGCAGAUAUACUAGAACAGCACCUGCCAGACCACAAUGAGAGCAUGAGUGUUGUUCUUGAGCGGUUUGCUAAUAUUGGAAUUAACACCGCUGGAGUUGUUGCUUUGCUUGGUGCUCACAGUGUGGGCAGAACCCACUGUGUCAAGCUGGUUCACCGGUUGUACCCAGAAGUGGAUCCGGCGCUCAACCCAGCCCAUGUUGAGCACAUGCUCUACAAGUGCCCGGAUGCCAUCCCCGACCCCAAGGCAGUGCAGUAUGUGAGGAACGACCGUGGCACCCCGAUGAAACUCGACAACAAUUACUACAGAAACAUAUUGGACAACAAGGGUUUGCUGAUUGUGGAUCACCAAUUAGCCACAGACAAGAGGACCAAGCCCUUUGUCAAGAAAAUGGCCAAGAGUCAGGACUAUUUCUUCAAGGAGUUUGCUAGAGCCAUUACUACUCUCUCUGAGAACAACCCUCUCACCGGCACAAAGGGUGAGAUCAGAAAGCAGUGCAACCUCGCCAACAAACUCCAUUGAAAUGUUGCCAGUUCUGUACUGAUAACUUUUUCUUCUUAGCAUGUCUGAGAAGAUAGAGUGAGAGGGAUGAUAAUAAGAUGGUGUGUUUUCUUUACUGGGGUUUGUUUCUUGCAACCAGUAUGAGUGGUAGCAGAGAAUGGCAAGAAUUGGUGGUGGCCAUGUUAAUCAUAGCUCUGUUUGUAGUGCAGAUAUAUGCGCUUCUUGUGGGGGUCUACCUUUCAUGAGAUGAAUGGGGUUACUAGGUAGGGGGAUUGUUGUAUGUAAGGAUUGGAGGGUGUAUGAUGCAUGUAUUGUAAUGAUUAAAGAUCCAUACUCGUAUGUGCUAUUCA